AUGGUAAGUGUUAUGACUGCGCAUAGGGCGGUAUAUGUAGUCGUAUCGCGGUGUAGCAAGGGCGGUCAGCCUUGUGAUGUGUCAAGAUGCAUAGCACAGGUCGCACGCUCUGGAACAGGAGCCUAUCUGAUAUAUCAACAUGACCGCCUUUUCUCUCAGCCGAGCGUACACACGCCGGAUCAAGCUCGCGUUGCUGAAGCGAAGCUUUGCGGACGUUCCCCGGGCAAAGGCAAAAAACGAUGGAGCGAGCAGGGCCAAGCGUAUGGUUCGGCGGCGGAAAUUUAUAACUACUAG